AUGUCUGAAUCGCCUCUCGACAAUCCCAAUGGCCGCGGCCUUACUUGGAUCUUCGAUCAUUGUCUGCGUUACCCGGCUUCUUAUGAGAUCCCUCUCCGCACUAUGUACACCAUCAACUGCAACCCCGUCAAGAAUCCCAAGGGCCCGGAAAAAGAGAAUGCCUGGGAAAAGUCCCCACGCGACUCCAGCUCCGCCAAGUCAUCUAGCUCAAGCGACUCCAUCGAUGCUAGCGCCGACUUUCGCUCGCAGCUCAUCCACCAAAUCUCUCGCCUGCCCUCGCAGCCCUGCAAUCUACCCCCGGUCUUCCUUACUUCUUUCUUGCGCCGGGUCUGGACCCCCGAAUUAGAAGAUAUCGAUUUUCCCCAGGCUUUGACUUCCCUGGACUACCUGAAAGAUCUGAAUGGCCGCUGGCAGAAGGAGAUGAGCAAUGCCACCCAUCGUCUGAACAUCACGCGCAGUGAUGCUGAGGACCCCGUGCACUCUGGCUUGGCCCUGAACUACCCCGGUGUCAUGGCUUGGCUGGAUAAUAUGAGUGCCAAAGGACGUACUAUGGAGGCUUUGUACACUCAGAUCUGGGUCGGUCUGCGUCGUUGGACUCUGAUCAAUGAAAUGAUCCUUGAACCCACUGACAAAGUCGCCCACAUCGCCAUGCUUAACACUCUCUUCCCGCCGGUCACGGAUAAGACCAUCACCCCAACCUCCCACUUGACCCCUCAUAUUCUCAAGGCGCAGCGGAACGGUUUCCUCAAAUACAUCAACGGUGUCGCCAAGAAAGGUCUUGAGGUUUUGACCCCAGUUCUCGAGCAGGGCGCUCCCGCGGGCGGGAAGACCAACUGGCCUAUUAUCUUCGACUCUCUCGACAAAUAUUUGACCAUGGCCCAGGAGAUGAUCGAUGAAUGUGUCUUGAUUCUCGAGCCAACCAAUCUUGAGCAGGCUCAAGCUCCUCAGUCUCCCCACCGUCACAAGGGUCGCAAGGUUGAUUCGGGAAUCAGCUUUACUUCCGCCAGCAAUCUUAACCUCUCUGAAGAAUCCCCGGAGAAGCCUCUCCCCAACUUCCCCCUCCCCAGUCCCACACAUCAGGCCAAGUCCGCUGGUUCGACUCUAGAACGCCUGGCCACUGAGCUCCGCCGACUGGGUUUCACCAAGAGCAAAAACCUGAAGAAAAUGAAAUCUACCACCACCUUGGGUACCCGUCCCAGCAGCCAAGACAGCUAUGCCGAGACCUCAUACUUUGAAAUCGACGAGCAGAAGCGCCGCCGUCUAAUUGGUGAAGCUACCAGCCGCCGCAAGAACUCACAGGCUUCAAAUUCCAGCCUCCGUUCUCAGUGA